AUGUUUAAUAGAAGUCUUCGUCGUCUGAUAACAGCAUAUUGCCACAAUGUUCAAAAAACUACCGAUGCGUCUUAUGAAUUGGAUUAUCGCACAAUGCUUGUGCUGACUGAUAUGACCGCUCGACAAUAUCGUAUACUGCUCGGUGCCGAAACGUUGGCAACAAUUUUACUACGUUCGACAAAUCAUCAAUAUCACAGCAGUAAAGAUGAACAAGCUCAAGAACGUUUUCAUGAUUUAGCGAAUCAAAGAGAUUCAAUAUUUACAGGCAAAAUUCUUAUUGAUAUGGACGCGCGUCACGUCAGUAUUGAAGCUGUACGUACACAUCCAAUAACUCAUGAACGAGAGAAAAUUGUUCAUCGGCAUGCUUUACUCGAUACAGAAACGAGUAUACAAGGUUUACUUGAACGUUUAACUGUUUAUGGUAAAUCACGUAAUGUUCAACUUCUGCAGUUGAUCGAUCUUAAUCUUCUAUCCGCUGAAAGUGCCUAUGAUGAAAAACAAAAAUUUGAAACAUUAAAAGAACGACUUGAUGAAUGUGCUGCAUAUCGUCGUUCAAUGAUUGUUUAUGAUUUAGAUUCAUUAAUUGGUAUUAAUCGAAGUGAAGGAAAUGCUUCAACAGGUCGAACAACGAAUCUAUCAUUGAUCAAUCAUAAUAUAUACACUCAUAUUAAAGAUAAAUUUCAAAAUACUUAUAUUCAAGCACCAUCAGAUUCUAACGAUAACAAUAACAUUGUUAGUGAUGAAAAAUGGUCUGUUAUGGCCAUACGUGAACCAUUCUUAUUGCGUCAGUUUUGUGAUGAUAUUCAAUUUACACGUUCAGUAGAUGAAAUCGAGGAAGAAGAAGAAGAAAAUCGACGAGCUACUGAACAAAUUAAAUGCGUUCAAUGUGAUGAUUUUUAUAUUGAACAAGAUAAUCGCAUGGGUGCUUGUACACAUCAUGAUGGAUUUAUCUAUAAUAUUUACUCUCCGAAAUUGGAUAUAUGGACUCAACGAAGAGCCACUGAACAAUUAAUGAAAGAAGAUUCUCUAUCAAUUGGAUCAUCCGCAAAUGGUAUGCAAACACCAGAACAAAAGGAAUAUCUUGAACGUAUGAAACAACGUUUCAAAUUUAUUUGUUGUCAUCAAACAUUAUUUAGCGGAAGUAUGAUGGGCGGUUGCAAAAAGGGUAAACAUAGUUCACCAAAUGUUACAGUUGAAGAAUGGGAAAAGACUUAUAAUGAAAAUCAAGAGUAUCAAAAUAAACGAUUGAGUUUACUCAGAAGCAAAGGACAAUAA